CUCUUUUCCCCCCGGCAGGGAUCAUCCCCUCGCACCUCAAUUUGCGAGCGGGUGGUCAGGCGGCCGCCCCCCCUGCCGGUUGGCUCGUCGGCCUUUCCAGACGGACACCACCUUUGGGUCCGCCGCCGCAGCAUGGAAGCCCCAGGCAGCGCUUCGAGGCGCGUUUCAGAAUGCGUUGAGACCUGCGGUGAGAAAUGACUCCGUUCCUGAAACGGCUCGGCCCCUGUUGGCCGCCUGGACAGGGAUCCCAUGCCCACACUUUGAUGAAGACCCAGGCACGAACCCGUUGUUAUUUCAUCACCAUGGCGGAGGCCCUUCUCCCAGAUCUUCUAGAAGCCCUUCCCCCGGCUCCUUUCCCUUCCCCUCGUGCGCGCCCCGUUUCCUUCCAUUGUUCCUGGCCCGAGUUCCCCUUCCCGUUCCCUCGUCUCACCUCGCCCGCCCGCCCAUCCGCCCGCUCUCAUCGACGAACACGCAUUCAAGUGACAGCUCAAUCCUGCGCCCAGCAUCCUGAGCAUCGCCGCCGGCUUCACCGCCAGUCUACGCCCACCGCGCGCGCCCUCAACACCAGACCACGACGACGUGGGCCGCGUACUCCGCCUCGUCCUCGGCCUCUGCCGACACAAACGCGCCCCCCCCCACGCUGCCAUCGCGCCCGUCGUCAUCUGUGCGAGAUCCAUCGCGCCUCUUGCGCGCGGUGAGCCGCCGCAGACGACACGGACCGCCGUCGCCCGGUCCACCUCGUCACUCCUGACGGCUCGACGUGCUCUCGUGCGUCCCUGGUCCCGCGUAUGCGACUGCUCUCGUCAUCCAGCCGACACCGUCCCAUCGUGUCACGACCGCCGCUCCGACGCGUGUAAACGGUCGCCCAUCCAGCAUGUUCCCGCUUCGUCCCACCGACGACGCCAACGUCCGCCCUCUGACCGAUGAGGAUCACCACCAACUCCUUCGACUCGUUCAGCGGUAUGGCAUCCCCAGUCUCUUGUGUGCCCUGACCGGCUCCCCCGAUUCAUCCGGUGCCUCGACCUUUUCGGCGAGCACCCUCAUCAGCAGCAUCAGCGCUCCGUCUCUGGCAUGGACCAACUCGGACGCCUCCCAGUGCCGCUCCGACGAUGCAUCCAUCAACACGCAGUGCACGUGGCCAGAGCUCGCCCAGGAGAUGCCCUCCCUGCACCAGCCGGAGCCCACCAAGAUCAUGGAGCGCUCCUGGCUCGACUCGCCCGGCCCCGUGCCCUCGCCGCUGCCUCCCAGCGACGUCACUUCGCACCCCUCGCCGCAGCUCCUCGCGCCCACGUCCAAGAAGUAUCAGUGCCCCAUGUGCUUCCUCGACAGCAGCCCCGUCGGCUUCGGCCGCAAGAGCGACUUCAAGAAGCACCUCCACAACUUCCACGGCUCCGACGUCGUCUGGAUCUGCCGCUCCAAGGGCUGCCACCUCACCUUCUCCACCGAGCGUGCCUACAGCACACACGCCAAGGACGUCCAUCGGAUGAAGGCCCUGCCCAACAGCUCCGCCCGCACCGAGCUGUGCGCCCAGGUCGUCUUCGCGUGCGGCUUCGCCUCGUGCAAGGACCGCCUGUUCGAGGCGCAGACGGCCGACGACUCCUCGGCCGCGCGUGACAAGCACUUUGAGCACAUUGCCAAGCACUUUGAGGAGGGCUUCGACGUUCGUCUGUGGGAGUACAAGGUGCAAAUUCAGAACCUGAUGCGCCAGCCCCAAGUCAAGCAUACCUGGAAAACGGGCAUCUGGCCCAAGGAGAAGCGCCAGCAGCUCUCCUGGCGGCCGCGGUCCUCGGGGGACCUGAAGCGCAUGCUCGAGUGUCGGCACCUGGGCAACGACAUUUCCACUCUGGUUCGCCUAGCCUACAUAUUGGGCACCGCGCCCUUCACGUCGCCAGGCACGCCUCCUCCCAGCGAGAUUGACGCCUACUUUCAGCUGCCCUACCGCAGUCUGUGUCUCAUCGACUCGCCGGGCCAUUGCCUGACGAGCCCAAGCCCAAAGACGGAAGACGACAACUCCUCCAUAUUGACCUUCCCAAAGCGGCGGUCGAGUCGGUCGAGUCUGACACAGUCCGUGUUUCGCCUGCCGAGCCGCCAGGGAAAGCGGUCGUCGCGGCCACCAACGCCGGCGAGCGUCAUGGGCGGCGGCGGCGUUACAAGCGCACCCAGCACGACGCCGUCGGUGCAAGGGCUCGGCGGCGUCAGCGUGGGCGGCGACGACACGAUCAUGGCAGACGACCCGACGGUCGGGCCGCACCCAGGCACGCCUUUCCCGAUCCCCAACGAAACGGUGUGGCCCGUCGACGCGCCCAAGUUCGCGCCCGAGUCUGGGCUUGUGCUUCCCAAGCAAGAGCACACGCCGCCGCCCGUCGACAAUCCUCAUCUCAUGUACGCCAUGCAGAUGGAGCAAGACCCGCAUCAGUCGUGGUGCCCCAUGCCCGUUCAGUACGACCCGUAUGGUACUCCGAUCGGCAUGCCGCAUGGACUCUACGACUAUACCAUGAACGCCAGCGAGGUGUCGACGGUGCGGCCAGCCACGCCGGUGCCGCACAAGCGACCCGCCUCCUGGGGCCGCGUCGUGAGCAUGGAGAGCAUGCGGCCGGCCAAAAAGUCGGUACCGCACGAGAGCCCGCCGUGCCCCCCGGAGAUGAUGCCGACUAUGCUGGGCAUGUAGGCCUGAUUUUGCCUCGGAGAACGAACGCACACAUACAUAUUAAUAAUAACGGGAGGCGGCCUCGGCGAGCACACCGCGGGGCACAGACAGACAUUAGCAUGCCGACCGGGGACGGACGAGCGUUGCACGUGGCUCCAGCAUCUUGAGCUUCACUACUAUUUUGUUUUCACGGCCUACACCCCUACUCUUUCCUUUUCUUUCUCAUCGAUCUUGUCUUACAAGCUCCGAAAAGUUGGCGCCAGCACCUGACACGCGCAUAUACACAAAUUAAUACUGAAACACGGCCAAGUCAAGAGGGCGGAAACGACUUUCAUUUCUAUUUGCUGUUUGUUCGCGAAACUGAGAUACCAUUUGCUGCCAGAAUAGAGCGGAAGCUGGGCAGGACGGCGGGCAGGGCCAUGGGGAGGCUGGCGAUGAAAGAUAUCCAGGGCGGCACGCAGUGCCUGCCGGCGUUUCUUGUUGUCUUUUCCUCGAAUCUUUGGUUGUUUCGUUUUGGGUAUUGACGUCCAUGGUUCAAGAGCGAUUCGAUAUGGGGCGGCGCGGGAGGUGACACGACUCGACGCACCAUGGUAUGGCAUGACUUUGUAUUGCAUUCGCGGCAUGGCAUGCGGGUGGGCGGGCGAGAAUCAUGAGUUACAGAUAUACACAACAAUGUAUGUGAUGCGCCCUGGUCACAGCGUGGCGAACGGCAGACCCAUGUGAAGAUGUCCACUGUCCAUGCGAAAAUCAAACUUGUCUCGCCAGGGAUUUCCCUACAGC